ACAUCCCCUCCCCUUAACUUACAAAAUAUUCUUGUUUCCCCCCACAUUAUCCACAACCUUAUUUUUGUUCGCCAGUUCACCCGUGACAAUAAUUGCUCUAUUGAAUUUGACUCCACUGGUUUUUCUGUGAAGGAUAUGCUGACGGGAACCGUGAUUCAUCGGUCCAAUAAUGCUGGCCCUCUCUACCCCAUGAGCCAAUCCACCGCCCAAGCCCAAGUCAACGUUGUCACCGUUCUCACAGCCUCCUCCACUGCUCUUUUCACUCGCCUCACUCAGAAACUUAAGGGAGAGUUCGCCAUGACAGAUAUGGGGGACCUCAAUAUUUUCCUUGGGAUUAAUGUCCAGCGCACUGGCGGUGGCCUCUUUCUUCACCAAACACAGUUUGCUCAUGAAAUCCUGGAACGUGCUAACAUGCUCCACUGCAAGCCCAUCUCCACGCCAGUCGAAACCAAAGCAAAGUUGUCAGCCACGUCUGAUUCCUUGCAGGCCUACUCCGAUGCAGAUUGGGCUGGAUGCCCCGACACUCGUCGCUCAACCUCGGGGUAUUGUGUUUUCCUUGGAGACAACCUCAUCUCAUGGUCCUCCAAGCACCAGGCCACCACCUCUCGCUCUAGUGCUGAGGCCGAGUAUCGUGUCGUGGCAAACACCGUAGCUGAGGCAAGCUGGGUCCAAAAUCUUCUCCUUGAGCUUCAACUACCCCUGCGACAGAGAGAAAAUAUUAGGGUUGUCGUUCUCUUGCCGUUCCGUGCCGCUGUUCGCUGCUCUCUGACCGUCUCUUCGGCGACACACUCGAGGUCAGUCCCUCUGUUCUGCUCAUUCCAUGUCUGUCGAGUCUUCCACUCUUCGUUCGUCCGAUGCCGAGCACGGGCUCGUGCUCGGCAUUCAGGGUUCCGUACCCAGGGCGGCCAAGCGGAGCAGCCAGGUUCCCCAUCCAUCGAGGAAAUCGCGGCCGUAGAGGUGCCCGGGGAAACUGAGCCCCACCUUCAGAAGCGCACAUUGCUCGUGGACUCGCUCAUCCGCGAGUGCAAGUGCGACUUGUCGAGUGACGAGUUCCUCAAGGCGGUGCGCUACGCCGGCCCCCUCGUGACCGUUCGUCGCCCAACUCCGGAGGAGUCGGUCUUCGACGCUCCUCCGGGCUACUUCGCCAUCCAUCUCAAGUCCCUUGAGAGCGGCUUCCGCUUCCCCUUGGAGUCCUUGGUCACCGACUUUUUCAAACACUUUGACUUCCUCCCGUGUCAAUUGGUGCCGAACUCGCACCGGUACUUGGCGGGGUUCUUGAUCCGCUGUCGGGAGGUGGGCGUGCGGGCCGACCUUGAGCGCCUACUGACCCUUUUCCGAGUGGCGAAGUCUUCCGGGUCGGAUGGGGGUUCUUUUGCCGCCCUCUGCCAACGGCAAGAGAGACUUUUUAAAACAAAGAAGGAAUCCAACAGGACUUGGAAGUCCAAGUUUGUCUUCGUUUCCGUGGGGUCAGCCUCCCCCUUCCGAGACACUCCCCUCAGCUCUUUUCAUAGACGAUCCAAACCCUUUUCCUCUACCAAGGCUACUGCUGAUACGGACAAGUUGUGUUCGGGUGGCCCUUACGAGCCCGGGGUCUUAGUGAAUGACGAGGCUCUCUCCAAGUUUGGGUUCGUCUUCCAUGACGAGGACAAGCCCAAGCGCCGGGUUGUCCAAAGUCAGCUUGAAGAAGGACCCUCAGGUGAAAUCAUGAUCUCCGCGGCCGAUAGGAAGAAGCUGUUCAAGUCCAAGCCCCGAUCGAAGUCCGGCCAAGAACGGCCUCCGCUUCCCACUCCCACGCCGUCCGCCGAGCGUACCCAGACGAAUAAGAAGCGCAAGGAUGUGAGCUCCUCGAUGGAAGGGGCUUUGUUGAGCGGAGCGAGGUCCCCACCCUCGCGCUCGGUCGACUGCGGGAACCCGGCCUUCGUGAAAGUGGCGUUCCCCCCCAAGCCUUCAUUCUUGCAUGGGGACUAUGAGCCUUGCCGUUUUCUGCAGAGCUUCAUCCCUCCGCGAGACCGAAUGGAGAUAAGUUCGGCCGCCACGGAGGACCUCGCCUCCACUCUCUUGCUCGAGUUGGGUUCGGUGGCCAUGCGCGCCCCAGAGCUGGUGGAGCGCUUCGAGUGGUAUGUGGCGGAGAAGGCCAAGGGCGAAGAGGAGCUUCGGAGGCUGCAGGAGCACGUGGCUGGCCUCGAGGGGAAGCUCGCUGACGCGGAGGAGCGGGCUCGAGUUGCGGAGCAGGCCCGCAUUGCUGCUGAGGAGAAGGCGCGCCGUCUUGAUGAGGAAGCCGAGCAUGUAAUUGAGGCCUUUCAGACCUCCCCUGCGUUCGAGGAGGCGGCUCUCUCCCGCAUGGACGAUCUUUUGAAGAUCUGGGCUCAAACUCCGGCCGGCCAGCGUCUCCUUCUCAAAGAAGGGCAAGCCAACUAUUCCCUGGGGCUGCAACGGGCUCAAGAGGAAAUCGAAAUGGUCAUGUUUAUUGUGACUUGCGAGAGGACACUUAAGAAGCAGACCCAACAGAAUUGGCAAAAGAACACUAGCUGCGGCGAAGGCAAGAAAGAAAACGUGAAGACCGUUCUCUGGUCGUGGAGGAAUUCGACAGAUCCUGGUGUAGGAGGCUUUGCGACGACGUUUGAAGCUUUGACCAUGCCACAAAUUAUCACCUGGCGGCGGAAUGGCCGCCCUUACUGGAGGAGCGGCCCUUGGAAUGGGCAGAUUCUUAUCGGAGACCAGGACAUGUACUCUCCCUAUAUCUCUCAAUUCCGCGUGGGGAGCGAUGGCGCCGGAGUGUUCUACUUCACCAUCGCUCCGGGGAAGUAUUUGAAGCGAAUCAGACUCAACUAUGACGGAAGACUGGAGCUGAUCAGGGGCGCAGACCCAGAACAUUUAUACCAUGGGAGGACUUGGGACGUUACGUCCUCGGUUCCAAGAACUCAGUGCGACAUAUACGGGACGUGUGGCCCUUUUGGCAGCUGUAACAUUCAGGAUUCGCCUAUUUGUUCAUGCUUGAGAGGAUUUGAGCCGAGGAACAGAGGUGAGUGGGAGAGUGGGAAUUGGGCGAGUGGGUGCGUGAGGCGGGGGAGAUUGCGGUGUGGGGAUGGGGGAGAUGGGGAUGUGUUCUUGAGGCUGCAGUUCAUGAAAGUGCCAGACUUUGCGGAACAAUUUCCGUCUAGGGGCGUGGAGGCGUGCAGGAGUAGAUGCUUGGGAAACUGUUCUUGCAUUGCUUUUGCAUAUGACCCCAACAUUGGUUGUAUGUUCUGGAGCCAGAGAUUGAUCGACACUCAGAGGUUUCCUGGAGACAUCGGUGUUGAUAUUUACAUUCGUCUUGCAGCCUCUGAAUUAGCACACCUCUACGCUCUACAUGAUUGCAUGUGGAUGGUGCUUGAGGAUGGACCCUUGAAAAUCCAAAUGGAGAAUCCUGAGAGGAAUCCAGCAACUCCAGACGUAGUCCAGUACAUUCCAAAGCCCAAGGAAAAAUGGGAUGAUAGAGAUUGCAAAAAGCACAAUCUGGACAACGUCGCCAAAGCAGCCAUCUUCAAGACACUUGAUCCCAUCACCUUCUCCAAAAUCAAGCAUCUCAAGACUGCCAUGGAGAUAUGGCAAGGUCUUGGGAAGCUAUGUGAGGGAUCAAAGGACUUAAGAAAGCAGAAGAUAGAAGUCCUGCUUGAGAAGUUCAAAGGCUUCAAAAUGCUUCCUGGAGAAUCAUUCGAUAUGUUGGAUGAAAGAUUCCACAAAAUCUUAAAUGAUCUUGCCUCACUUAACCACAUUCUUUCUCCCAAAGAAAAGAAUGUAAGGUUGCUGAGAUCUCUUCCAACUGAGUUGUACACCAAAGCCACAGCCAUGGAAGAAGGAAGAAACCUGGAAAACUACACUGUCCAGGGUCUUCUUGAUGAGCUCAGAACCUAUGAGCACGAGCUGAAGAAGAAGAAGUAUGAACAAGUCACUCCCUUCCCCACAGCACUAAUGACAACUCCAAGAGUCCCAUCAAGUGAAGGGACUUGUCCAAGAAGCUGUGACACACCUUCCUCCAGCCAGCCGUCAAGCUCAAAAAUGGAGAACUACGAUGAGGAAUUUGCCAUGAUGGUCAAGCAAUUCCAGAAGUUCAAGAAGUUCUUCAAGAAGGUUGACUCAGUCAGAAGGCCAACCAAGGGAAAGCCACAAGUAAGUGACUCCCCUCCUGAAUCUUAUUUGUGUUAUAACUGCCCGUACCCAAAGGUGGAAAAGUACGGAGAAAGAGAAAGGAACGAGAAGAAAAAGAAGGCAAUGGUUGCUGCUGAAAGUGAUGAGUCAUCCAGCUCAAGCUCGGAUGAAGAAGCCCUCGUCUGCAUGGAGCGCAGAGUUGAAAAGUCCAACCAUGAGGAUAGGUGGACUAUGUCAGAAGAUGACACUCUCUGCCUAAUGGCUAAAGAUGAUGCUGAUCAAGAGGUAACUUCACAAACCUCCUGCUCAUCUUCUUAUGAAAGCAUACCAACUUCUAAAAAUCUUUUUGACCAGUUCAAAAAGAUGAUGGUAGAUUUUGAGGAAAUAAAUCUCAAACAUUCCUCCUUAACAGAGGAGAACAAACUAUUGAGUGAAGAGAAUCUCAAGUUGACUGAAGGUCGGAAAAGUCAACUGAAUGAAAUCACUCAACUCAAAACUGAAAAUGAAUCUCUCUCUGAAAAGGUAAAAUCCCUUAACAAAGAACUAGAGGUACUUAAGUCCAAAGAAGCAGUGGAUAAGCUUCUUGAAACGAUCAAUCAUAAGGGUCGCAAAGGACUUGGGUUUGACCCCUCCAGUUCCAAAAGAAAAGGGAGAACAACUUUCAUCCCUCCUAAACCUACUGCCAAACCAAAUAAGCAGAAAGGAAAGGAAAAGGAGAAACCAACAGAAGUUCCCAAAAAGCAUGAUCAUGAAGUUCUGGAUCUAUCAGACAAGGAUGAAGAAGCCAAUGAAGGAGAUAGAAUGAAGCCCACGGAAUUCAUUCCAUUCAGAAGUCUGCCUCUGAAGACUUCACAGAGGAAUCCGGAUUUAGACAGUGCUGAGCCCUCCGGAAAUCUAGGCCAGCCUUCCAAUAUUCCGGAUAUCUCAAACUGCGACAAUUCCGGAAAUGGUGACCCAGUGCCAAUCCAUCCGGAAACACCAACAACCUCUGUCCUUCAACCAGAAGCUGAACUAGAUCAACCAGUCAAUCCCAAUCAACACAAUCUUCGUUGGUUAAGGGAUCAUCCUCCUCAACAGAUCAUUGGAGAUAUUCAAUCUGGUGUUCGCACAAGGAGUGCCCAACAAAAUCUAGAAGCUAUGCUUGCUUGUUUCAUCUCACAAAUGGCAGAAGUGGAGGUCUCUCAAACUCCAAUAGCCAUCUUUGAAGAACCAAAUGAAGCUGAAGAUAGUGACUCCCUCUCCAGAUACAUAUCAAAUUUUGCACUUGAUGAAGCAGAAGGAGAAUCUGAGCGGACACUAAAGAUCACUGAUGAAGAAGAUGUACAAGAAGAUGCUGAAUCUCUUCCUUUGCAACUGUUCCAAAGAACAUCAUCUCCUCAUCAGGUAACCAAUUUUCACUUCCAUAGCUCUUCCACUCCUACCCUUCCAGAUGAGAUACCAGAAACCUGGACAAAGAAGGUCCAAGGGCUGAUUGAAUCAGCCCUAGCAUCUCAACAUGCCUCCUUUAGGCAAGAGAUAGAGCAAAUGGAAGCCAAAUACACUCAACUGCUAGAGAAGUCAGAAGAAAAACACAGCGCAUAUCUAAAGGAGAUAGGUAAAUCAGUAGACAAAACUCUAGAGACCAUCUCUUUAUUGAGUGAUACUGUGAGCAACACUAUGGAAAUUUAUGCCUCUGACAGUCAACUUCAAUUCAAAGAGUUCAACAAAGUCAAAGAGCAAAUAGCAAGUGUCACAGUUGGUCUACAAAAACAGAUGUCCCUUCUCCAAAUGGACAUCAGAUCAGCCCUAGCAGUAGCUUCAGCAAACCAGGUAGUAAUCAAAGACUACUUGAAGGUGAUCAUUGACAAUCAAAAGGAAGCAUACAAGCUGUUCAGACUUAUUGGUGCACAUACUGGGAAUCGCAAGAUGGAAGUGAUUCUCCAACAACACAGUCCAUCUCCAAUACCACAGCUCCCUAUUGCAGUCAAAGAAGGAGAAGCAUCUUAUAUCCCUUCUCAUCUGAACAUGACUAAUCUGAUCCUUGAAGCACAACAAAGAAAUCCGGAAAACUCAGCACAGCACCUAUCCAGCUCAGGACUGGAUGGAACAGAAUUUAUAGGUGCAGUUGCUGACCACUUCUCAGAUGCUGCUCAAUCAGAGGAAAGGCGUGAAAAUUUAAGGCGCAUCAAAGAACUGUGUGGGAACAUGCAGGGCAUCAGUGAGGUUGCCGGAUCUUCAAAAUGCAAAAGGAACUGAAGGUUCUUUUCAUCAAACCAGGGGGAAAGUAUGUGAAAACACCAAUUUGUUUUGAUGAAAACACCUUCAUGUUUAAACAUUGCUUGAUUGGUUUAAACAUUGCAACACUGCUUCAACAAGUGAGAUUUUGUCUUAAUUAAUUUUUCUGAAGCGCAUACAUUCAGGGGGAACUUACCCAGU